UCGCCAUAUAAGAAAGAGAAGGAAGUGAAGAAGGUUCAUCGUCGACGGUGGCGAUGGAAAUGCGAGACAUCGACAAUCUGCCGAAGAACGCCGCCAACUACACGGCGUUGACGCCUUUGUGGUUCUUGGAACGAGCCGCCACCGUUCAUCCUGCUAGGAAAGCGGUGGUCCAUGGGUCUCGUACUUUUACUUGGCUGCAAACUUACCAGCGCUGCCGUCGCUUGGCUUCUGCUCUCUCUAACCUCUCCGUCGGCUUCGGUAGCACGGUAGCAGUAAUCGCGCCAAACGUCCCUGCUGCAUACGAAGCUCACUUCGGAAUUCCAAUGUCUGGUGCUGUUAUAAACCCUGUCAAUAUUAGGCUAAAUGCAUCAACCGUUGCAUUCCUUUUGGGUCACUCUCAAUCAGCCGUCGUCAUUGUCGACCAAGAGUUUUUCACUUUGGCAGAGGAUUCUUUGAAAAUCAUGAAGGAGAAAAGCCAAGGCAAUUUCAAGCCCCCACUUUUGGUUGUUGUUGCCGAUGAAAGCUGUGAUCCGAAAACACUCAGGUAUGCUUUGGGACAAGGAGCUAUUGAGUAUGAGAAGUUCUUAGAAAGCGGUGACCCUGAGUUUUCUUGGAAGCCUCCACAGGAUGAGUGGCAAAGCAUUGCUUUGAAUUACACUUCUGGCACGACAGCCAGCCCUAAAGGGGUCGUGUUACAUCACCGUGGUGCAUAUCUCAUGUCUUUGAGUAAUCCUCUUAUAUGGGGCAUGAAUGAAGGAGUCAUAUACUUGUGGACACUACCCAUGUUCCACUGUAAUGGAUGGUGUUUUACUUGGGCACUUGCAGCUCUUUGCGGAACAAACCUAUGCCUUAGACAGGUAACAGCAAAGGGCGUCUACUCAGCCAUAGCGAAGUAUGGCGUGACUCACUUCUGUGCUGCACCUGUGGUGCUCAAUUCCAUAGUUAACGCCCCAUCCGAGGACACAAUUCUGCCCCUUCCUCAUGUGGUUCACGUAAUGACAGCCGGUGCUGCCCCACCCUCUGCUGUUCUCUUCGCAAUGUCUCAAAAAGGUUUCCGUGUCACCCACACAUAUGGUCUCUCAGAAACCUAUGGUCCUUCAACGGUGUGUGCAUGGAAGCCUGAAUGGGACUCGUUGCCACCUGAAACCCAAGCUCGCUUAAAUGCACGUCAAGGUGUCCGAUACAUUGGCUUAGAGGGCCUAGAUGUCAUCAGUAGCCAAACUGGUGAGCCCGUCGCCACUGAUGGAAAAACGAUCGGAGAAAUAGUGAUGCGCGGUAAUCUCGUGAUGAAAGGUUACUUAAAGAACCCAAAAGCUAACGAGGAAACAUUUGCUAACGGAUGGUUUCACUCUGGGGAUCUGGGUGUGAAGCAUCCAGAUGGCUAUAUCGAAAUAAAAGAUAGGUCAAAAGACAUAAUCAUCUCCGGAGGCGAAAAUAUCAGCAGCGUGGAGGUAGAAAAUAGCCUCUACUUACACCCUGCAGUUUUGGAGGCAUCGGUGGUGGCGAGGGCAGACGAGCGGUGGGGAGAGUCUCCUUGUGCUUUCGUGACAUUGAAGCCGGGAGUAGCGGAUAAAUCUAAGGAACAAGAGUUAAGUGAGGGGAUAAUGCAGUUUUGCAGGUCAAAGAUGCCUGCUUAUUGGGUUCCAAAAUCAGUGGUAUUUGGUCCAUUGCCAAAGACAGCCACAGGGAAGAUUCAAAAACAUAUAUUAAGAGGCAAGGCAAAAGAGUUGGGACCUGUGAAGUUGAGCAAGUUAUAACAUAUAAGAUAAGGUCUCAACUACUUCAAAGUAAUACAACAUUGAUUGUCUCUAUUCACAUCCGAAACUGUAAACUACUAUAUUUUAUGUCAAUUAUUUUAAAUUUGCUACUCAUAA